AUGGGUGUUAAUGAGAAAUUGUCUAAAGAUGAACAUGGGAAUAAUGUGGAUCCAAGUCUUUAUAGAAGCAUGAUUGGUAGCUUCCUCUAUCUCACAGCUAGUAGACCAGAUAUUUGUUUCAGUGUUGGAGUUUGUGCAAGAUAUCAAGCAUUACUAAAUCAAUCACACUUAACAGCAGUCAAACGCAUAAUCCGCUAUAUCAGUGGCACUGUAGAGUUUGGGAUUUGGUAUUCUAGUGAUUCAAAUAUGCACUUGGCAGGCUAUAGUGAUGCUGAUUGGGUAAGCAAUAUAGAUGAUCAAAAAAGCACUUCUGGUGGAUGUUUUUAUCUAGGCAACAACUUGGUCACUUGGUACAGGAAGAAGCAAAGUCCUAUCUCACUUUCUACUGUUGAAGCUGAGUAUCAUAGCAGUAAGAAGUUGUUGCACACAGAUUGA